AGGGCGUGGCCGUGGCCGACAAAUACAGUAGAUCUAGAGUCUAGUGGCAUUACGGUGCGUAACGAUCCCGAUGUCGCAGUUAUUGCGUCGUAUUUUCAGCUAAUUUCUAACUAUUGACGUAGAAUCUUGAUUGUCAUCAUCCAAGCUGGCAAGGCUGCAGACAGAAAUGACACUUGUGUGAAUAGGAAACCACCAUUCGCUCCGAUCCGCACAGUACAAUUUCGUUCUUCCCACUGCACCGGCCACCAUGCCACCCCUCAGACGCUAGCCUAGUACUAGUAGCGCUAAACAAGCUUGUGUAUGCGGAUAUCGGAUGAACGAGUGGUUUCCAAAACCCCGAUAUAGCCACAGAAAAUAACCAUUUGGAUGUCUUGCUGGGGUUAUCAUUCAUGUGCCUUUCCAGCGGACUGAGUUUCUGUCAAAUGAGAAGGACAUCUUGCACCAUGGAUGGAUUCUGCCUUCUCUAUCUGCUCAUGAUUCUCCUGGUGAGAUCUGGUGAUGUUGAAACCAACCCUGGACCAGACAGGAUUGUCAGUGAGAGAGAAUUCUUUAAGCUGUCCAAGCAAAUUGAUCCUAGCUACUACAAAGAGGUGGGCAUUAACUUUGACAUCCCAAAUGCAGAGCUCGGUCAUAUCGAGAAAGAGAGCCAUAAUACCAGUGAUGCAUUGAUGACAGUCUUCACAAGAUGGAGAGACAAACAGCCUCCAGGCACAGACAUCAGGGCUCUUCUUGCAGAGGGAUUGAAAAAUAGUGACUUAGGGUCUCUCUCUGAUGAACUACUCGCUGGCAGUCUAGUCCCAAACAGGACAGGUGCACCUGUUACAAGGCCAGGAUCACAGACCCAAUCACUUUCUCCUGACCUGAUCAAGAGAUGUGCAGAUGAUUUCAAAUUCAAGUACCGGACAGCUUUCUGUAAGAUCAGAGAUGAUCCUCUCGACCCUGAUUCCAUUGUACCAUUCACAGACAUGUACACAAACCUUGUCCUGGAAGAGGAAUAUCGGAAAAAACGCAAGCGACCACUUGAGUACAGUGAUCUCUUUAAACUCGAAGUCAAUGGAGAGUUCCCCAAGCGGAUCAUGGUUCAGGGAGAGGCUGGGGCUGGAAAGACAACAUUCUGUGCUAAGAUUGCCUGGGACUGGAUAAAUGACAGUCCUGCUGUCCCAAAGUUUGUGUGGGUACUUGUUGUCCCUUUUCGUGAAGCCAAACAAUACACGAUCGGUGAGAUUGCCAAGUCGUAUCUCUCCAAGGACAACCCAGCAACAGCCUGCCAGAUCACUGAGUACAUCCGAUCAAAUCCAACUCAUGUUUUCAUUGCGUUUGAUGGAUUAGAUGAGUUUAAGGGCAAGGUUGUACAGGAAGGGGAAGCUGGUUCAAAGUCUGAAUGUCACCAGCCAAAGUCUGCUGAUCAAACCAAGGCAAGAUCAGAAUCAAAGAUGAACAAGAAUAAGCAGCAAAAGUCAAUGCAGCCAAAGUCAUCAAGUGCCACUUUGCAGCCAAGAGUCAACAGUGCAGAGGCAAGUGGAAGUUCUUCAGAGAGAGGUGACAUUGCACUUACAGACAUUCUUCAUUCAGAUGAACUUGCCACUUGCCCGGUGUUGGUGACAAGUCGCCCAUGGAAGGUCACAGAGAUAAGAGAUAAUGAUAGUCUGAGGAAGCUGUACACUUUCAUUCAUGUGGAAGGUUUUAGCAAGGAGAAUGUGGAGGUUUACAUUCACAAGUACUUUCCUGAAGAUACGGUCAAAGCAGAUCAGCUUAUCCAAUUAACCAAGGACAAUGUCAUCAUAUCUAAGAAUAUGGCCCCGUUUCCUAUCUACAUAGCUAUGCUCUGUCUUAUGUGGAAAGAACUUGGUGACGAAAAACAAGAAAAGUUGAAGUCAUUACAAACUUUUUCUCAAAUAUUUGAUGAAAUGUUUGAAUUCUUGAAGGUGCAUUAUGCUCAGAAAAAUAUCACAGAUUUAGACAGCCCAUCUUUCCAAGCCUAUCGCUCUCGAAUUGAGAAGCUCAUGGAACCAGUUGCCCAAGUUGCUUUCACCGGGCUACAAGAAAACAUCCUUAGUUUCAAAGAAGGCGAUUUUGAACAGUGCUCAGACUCCAUUGAAACAGCUUGCAGAGUAGGGGUGUUGUCUCAGGAGAAAAAACUGUCAUCUAUAUAUGAUAAGAGCAAUCCGUACCUGCAGUCUACAAUCUUCUUUCCACACAAACUCUUUCAGGAGUACAUGGCUGGGGCCCACCUUGCUUCCCUGUAUGAAUUAGAUCCCAAUGAAUUCAACAGGCUGAUUGAGCAAGUAGUGCUGCCUAGGAAAGAAGAGUUUAGGUAUCUCCUGUACUUCACUGUAUCACGGGACAAAACUGUUGCACACCAUGUCAUGAAAUGCAUGUUACAGGGUGGCAUCCAAAACACAGUGGAGAUGGAUUUCUUUGUUGAUAUAUCCUUUGAGAGUCAGGACCUAGACACUGCAGCCUUGUUGAGGGGUAGAAUAUCAUCUCUGACAAUACAGCCAAUAAUGACAGCACACACAAUAGCAGGUUGUAUAUUCACUGGACUAGGUGUACAUAGAGAUGUGAUCGAUCUUGGAGUAAAUGGAGUAUUCGGACCAAUUAUAUCACAUGAUAUGGGGGAGAUUAUAUGCUCUGUGCCCUCUAUUAAGGAUGUUACACUACUUCGAGCUGCCUUGCACAGUGACUUCUAUGCAGUUCUUGCUAAAGAAGGAAACAAGUCCAAGGUCCACACUGUCGGGCUUCAUGAUGUUAGGUGUCCAACAUCAGCCUCUUCACAUUACCUAGCGGAUGCUUUGUGUUCCAUGCCAAACCUGAUUGACCUGAAACUAUGGGGAAAGGAGUUCAAGGAGGAGUUCUAUUCUACACUGAAUGCAAAGGCAUCAACCUUACAGGUCCACACUGUCAGGCUUGUAGAUGUUAGGUGUCCAACAUUAGCCUCUUCACAUUACCUAGCGGAUGCUUUGUGUUCCAUGCCAAACCUGACUCACCUGACACUACGUGGGACGGAGUUCACGAAGGGGUUCUAUUCUACACUGAAUGCAAAGUCGCCAACCUUACAGGAUUCUUUUCCUCAAAUCAGUAAUGGAUAUUUCAGGUUCAAUAGAGUUCCCCAAGCGGAUUUUGAUUCAUUCCUGCAGUCACUCAAUGACUUCAGACGGUGGAAUUACGUCUCAGACGAGGAGGAUAACUUCUCAGACGAGGAGGAUGGCGUCUCGGACGAGGAGGAUGGCGUCUCGGACGAGGAGGAUGGCGCCUCGGACGAGGAGGAUGGCGCCUCGGACGAGGAGGAUGGCGCCUCGGACGAGGAGGAUGGCGCCUCGGACGAGGAGGAUGGCGCCUCGGACGAGGAGGGUGGCGUCUCGGACCAGGAGGGUGGCGUCUCGGACCAGGAGGAUGGCGUCUCGGACGAGGAGGAAAACGUCUCGGACGAGGACGAUAACACCACAGAUGAGGAGGAUAACGUCUCAGACGAGAAGAGACUAGGUACAGGGGAUAUCAACCUCGUUGACAGGAAACAAUCCUCCUUUGAAGUGAAGCCACUCGAGUCGGAGGAAAUCCAAAAGUUUCUCAUAUUCACCUUGGAUCAAAAACCUAUUUUGAAUGAAUUUACCUUGCCAUACAAUGACAUGGAAACAACAAGAACAACAGCAGAAGCACAAGCAGCAUGGGUGUCAACGCUAUCACAGAAUGAUCUGGAAUCAGAUGUACACUAUCCAAGAAGGACGUUACCACCAUCAGACUACCCUCAACAGCAUGUUGACAAUACAUCAGAUACUGUAUGUGAAGGUAGCAGCAGUCAGAGCAAGCCUUGUAAGAGGAAAGCUCCUUCUACUCAGUCAAGAGUUCCACAGGAUGAUCUUGAAAUUCCAGAGAAGCGAUCAAAGAUUGAUCUGGUAUCAGAUGGAAUACUUGACAAACUAUCGAGACACAUGCCUCCUGGGACUUACACAACGCUAUGCACCCAACUUGGCAUUGAAUAUAACGAAGCCAGAAGCAUCCUACUGGGGUUUAACAAUAACUACCAGAUGGCUACGAGGGAUUGCUUGGCACAGUGGAAGACAAGGACAGGUGGUAAUAUGGCCCAGCUUAAGGCCAUCCUUGUGGAUGCAGAGGUUGGAGAUUUAGUGAAGUAUAUAGAAUAAUCAUGCGAAGCUUCCGACUGGGGCAAUAUGACCGGUAAACGUGACACUCAGCGUGUCCACACACAAAACAAUUUAUCCCGAAACUCUAUAACGAAACGUCGUAUAAAGAAUCGUUGUAUAA